AUGACUUCUGGCAAUGAAUCUUCAGUGACCGAGUUUGUUCUUCUGGGUUUAACACAACAGCCAGAGCUCCAGCUCCCUCUGUUCUUCCUCUUCUCAGGAAUCUAUGUGGUCUCCAUGCUGGGGAACCUGGGCUUGAUUGUUCUGAUUGGUCUGAAUCCUCAGUUCCAUACUCCCAUGUACUACUUCCUCUUCCACCUUUCCUUCAUUGAUUUCUGCUAUUCCUCUGUCAUAAUUCCUAGGCUACUGAUGAGUUUUGUAAAUCUAAAUAUCAUCCCUUAUGUGGAGUGCAUGGCUCAGCUCUUUUUCUUUGCUUUCUUUGUAAUUGAUGAGUGUUGCAUUUUGACAACCAUGGCCUAUGACAGAUAUGUGGCCAUCUGUAAGCCCCUGCUUUACAAAGUCAUCAUGUCCCAUCAGAUGUGCCUCAUGAUGGCAGUGGGUGUGUACGCAAUGGGAUUCGCAGGGGCCAUAGCUCAUGUAGUUUGUAUGCUGAGACUCAAAUUCUGUGACAGCAAUGUCAUCAAUCAUUACAUGUGUGACAUACCUCCUCUUCUGCAUCUGUCCUGCUCAAGUACUUCCAUCAAUGAAAUAGUGGUUUUCAUUGUGGUUGGUGUCAAUGUUAUAGGUCCCAGUCUUAUCAUCUUCAUUUCUUAUACUUUGAUUCUCUCCAAUAUUUUUUGUAUGCAUUCUAGAACAGGCAGGGCUAAAGCCUUCAAUACCUGCAGCUCUCACAUCAUUGCUGUUUCUCUUUUCUUUGGAGCAUCCGCAUUCAUGUACCUUAAGCCUUCUUCUACUGAAUCUCUGGAUCAAGAUAAAAUAUCUACCGUUUUUUAUACCAUUGUGGGGCCAAUGAUGAAUCCUUUUAUCUACAGUUUGAGGAACAAGGAUGUCCAUAUUGCACUGAAAAAGACUUUGAAGAAAAAGAUUAGUACAUAA